UUUCAUUAUUAUAUUACAUAUUUUUAUUUUUUAGGUAGAUCACAUUCCAGAGAUUAUACUAUGUUCCGGGAAGGCACACCGGCAUCUGAAAGUGUUCGAAUGUUUGCCAAGACCGGGCGCAGUGACAAAUUGGAUGAUGGUGGCGGUGAAGGGUUGAAUGGAGGGAGUGGCGGAGGAGCAGUUGAAGAAAAGGUACUGAACACUUUUAUAGCACCCAGCGUGUCGACAGGAGCCUCCUGGACUCAAUCACAGUUCUUCGUUGACGGAAACCAUUCUAGGGUGUCAUUGAUGUCACGCAUGAUUCCAUCUCCAGAUUGGUUUAUUGGUAUUGAUUCGUUUGAUCUGUGUGUGAAUGGUAACUGGCUUGACAGUAUCACUAUAGAGGCUGAUCCAAUAGACGCGGGAUGCGACAACGGAUUCACAUUUACAGCGCCAAACUGGCCUACCGAUCCACAAGGCAUUGUGUACCGAAUAAAAAGCAACUAUCCAUCACACCCUGCCAGUUCUUUCUAUUAUCCUCAGUUCAAUCGGUUGCCGACGAUAGCUACUUUUCAAUUUAUAAAAAUUAAAGAAUACGAACAGUCUCUGAGCGGCAGGGGGCAAGCAUCAGAUCCAACGGUGAAAAUUGAAGAGAGCGUAAUUCAAGUCUUAAAUGGUGAGAAUGAUGGUGAUCGAGAGGUACAACUAGAAAUGGAACAGGAAAGACGAGAACAAGAGUAUAAUAACUAUAAAAGUAUUGGUGAUGACAAAGUAUCAGUUUCCAACAUCACAUCGUCCAUAUCAAUACCAAAAGAUAACAAAGAAGCGUUGAUGAACAGCAUUUUGGACAACUAUCAUGUUCGAAAACAUAAGAAAACUCACAAAAAAUCAAGGUACCGGGAUUGCCGAUUGGGUGUCUGGUCUGAAUGGAGUGCAUGCAGCGUAUCAUGUGGCAUCGGUGAAAUGCAAAGGCGCAGAGAGGUGAUAAAACAUCCAAGAGGAGCAGGACGGCAGUGCCCACCAUUGCUACAGACCAAAUGGUGUGGGAGCGCCAAAGACUGUCCUCCACAAACACAUUUUGAGUGGUAAUAAUAUAAGUUAUAAUAAUAUGCAUGGUAAUUUAAUAUUUUGUAUGUUAUUAUAAUAAUAUAUUAUGUAUACCGUAAAUUAAAUUAUUAAUAAUGAUUUAAUUUUAUAAAAAACACCAUCUGCUGUUAUAAAUGGUGAUCAAAAACUUAAUGUGAAUUCACCUAUCCCAUAAUUUCCUUGAUUCGAAAACACUCUUCACAUACAGCAUAUAAGUAUUAUAAUAUAUUAUAUUAUUUAAAACGCUACGAUAAUGUGCCACACGUUUAAAAAACCAAAUCGUAUCACUACUGUUAUUCAUUGUCCACAUCCUCCACACCAUCAUUUUUUAAGUUUAGUCUCAUUAUUUUUAACGACAGAAUUGUAAAAUUUACUGUAAAAUAUUUACUUGUAUAGAUAAGCUAUAGAUGUAAUAAAUA